AUGCAUCCAAAUGGGCACUGUGUGCGUCUUCCAAACGGCUCCGAACUCUACUUCACACUACCGAUCGAUUUGGACACCCAACGACCCAUGCCGCCGCAAGAUCUCGAAGCCCUUGCUGCAUACCUAGAACGGACUCAACCACAACUUGCAGAAGGACCCGACGAUCCCAUGUACCAGAAUAGCCUCGACGUGCGAAGUCUCAUUAGCGACUGGCUCCAAGGCUCCCAGUACCUUGACGACAUGGAAAUGUACGCGUGGGAGUCUGGUCAUGGCUUUCCGAAAUUCGACGAUGAAUUCGGCCUUCCGGUCGAUUUCGAGUGGUUGUGGGAUGUCAUCGAUUUUGAGGGAGGUGAGGAGUUGGUCGCCCGUUAUGUCGAGUAUAUCAACGAUUCUGCUGAGCUAUACGCACAAGCUCAUGCCGAAGAACAUCAUGAGUCCGCUCCCACAGGCCGCACUACUGGCAUAUCCCACACGCCUCCUCCCGGUUCUCCGGUCGAGCAACCUCAGCAUCACCGCUUCGGCCGGUUCCGUGUGGCAACCCAGUCCGACGGACCCGUCUCCGUAGGUGGAGCUGACUUUGCAAACAUGGACGAUUGUCUAGCAUUCCUGGAUACCCUUACCGACAUCGAAGCGAAGUUGCUCAGUAAGAACAUCAUACAGUUGGAAGGCGAUAGCUCCACUGGGUUGCGCAUGGUACCUGGACCGAAUGCGAAGUUCCUCACUGAGCGAGCUUCGCAGGCUAAGGAGAAAGCUGUCCAAACCCACGCAUCUCCGGCUGAUCAUCAAAUCCGGCAUGUGCAUGUCCAACAAGCAGAUAUUCAACCUGCUCAAAUCCACACUAUCAAAGCUAAUCCUCCAAGCCGUAAUAUAACAAUUCGCGAAGAAGACCAAGGACCACAACCCAUUGUUUUCGUGCACAAGAACCCUGCAAAACAGGAAAAGAAGCCCGUCCAAGAGCAGAAGUUGAACUUCAAGCGCGUAGGCUCCCCACCCAAGCAGACGGUCGCCGCCGAGCUCGACCCCUUCCGCUUCUACGGCCGCGAAAGCACGCAUGGGGUACAGAAUCAAGCUGCCAACGACCAGAGGCUGUUGGAAGAGCUCCAAAACCUAUGGGAUGAGUCCCAAAACCUAACCGAUCAGUACUACCAAGAUUCCAGCGAGCCCUCUACUUGGCAUGCCAAAGAUCCACGGAAGGCCUAUAACAAGGUAGUAACAAUUGAUCUGCGCGGGCAAGACGCACCCUCAUCUCGACCUCUAUUCCCGCCCCCCGGCGUAAAUCCUUCCAAGGAGUCCACGAACAAGUCUACCCCCGCUCCCAAGACCGCCCACUCCGCCGCUGCAGAGGCACGUCGUAAAAUCUUCGGCGCCGGACCAAGUGCUCACCGCAGUGUGUCGUUCCAAGAGCCUACUCGUCUGCCCAUGCGCCCGAGGGUGACUGGUAUAUCUCCAAGCCACGGUGCUGGUGUCGACGACCCGGCGCACCGUAUGUGUGGAACAAUUGCGCAUCAGGCGCAUGCGGAGGAUAGCCCGGAGGAUUCGCCUCGUCCGGCUUCCGCCUCGUGGAGGGAUGUUUAA